UAUUACUCCCUUUCACAUGUUUCAGAUUUUCUGCCGCACAGCGUUAAAAACCGUCUGUAAUUUUACCCCAUUUCCAUUUGUAAAUCGUCUCAAAUUUCGGUGUGUCUCAAGCAUGGCAUCCACAGUAACAGAGAUUUCAAGUACGAAAAGCUUUAGAGGAUGGCAGAAGUUCUUCAAACAUGAAAGUGCCGAGCUGAAGUGCUCCAUGAACUUCGGUAUUUAUCUACCAUUAGAGGCGGAGACUGAGAAACUUCCAGUGUUGUACUGGUUGUCAGGUUUGACGUGCACCGAGACAAACUUUGCCAUGAAGGCAGGAGCACAAGGUAUGGCUGCAGAGUCCAAAGUCAUCAUAGUCAUGCCGGAUACCAGUCCACGAGGUUGCAACAUUGAAGGAGAAGAAGAUGGAUGGGACUUUGGAACUGGUGCCGGUUUUUACAUCGACGCUACGGAGGACAAAUGGAAGACAAAUUACAGGAUGUUUUCUUAUAUCACUAAAGAGUUGCCUAAUGUCAUCAAUGAGAACUUCAGCACUAAGCCUGAUGUCAUGUCCAUAUUUGGGCAUAGUAUGGGAGGACACGGUGCAUUGGUUUGUGCUCUGAAAAACCCAGGCCAGUACAGAUCCGUGUCAGCCUUUGCACCAAUCUGUAACCCAAUGCAGUGUCCAUGGGGACAGAAAGCUUUCACUGGUUACCUCGGAUCUGACCAAGAAACAUGGAAGGAGUAUGAUUCGUGUGAGUUAGUGAAGGGCUACAAGGGACCACCCCUUGAUAUACUCAUUGAUCAGGGUAAGGCAGAUAAUUUUCUGACUGCAUCUCAGCUAUUGCCUGAUAAUAUGGUGGCUGCUUGUGCUUCCAGUAAGAUGCCGGUUACUUUGAGGAUGCAAGAGGGUUAUGACCACAGUUAUUACUUCAUUGCCACGUUCGUAAACGACCACAUCAAGCAUCAUAUGAGAUACCUCAAUGCCUGAGGAUCUAGUGACCUCAUCGAUGGAUCACAGUGAGCAGCUUUACUUAAUUGAAUCAUAUUGAUUUGAGAUCAAACUGAUCUAGGAUCAAAUCUGUCAGAUUAUUAAACAAAUGUCUGUGAUACAAUUCAAUGUUUUAUAAAAUCUUGCUUUUCUAGAAUUUAAAAUUGGAAAACUCUUGUCAUUUAAAUGAAAACAGUAGAUUUUUGAAAUCUCUUGCAAUCUUCUUUUUGCAAAGUUUGAUACUUUGUUUAAAAAUUUCCAGCAAAAUCAGGCCCAACUCUUUUCUCAAGCCUUGCAUUGAGAUCAUACUUACAUAUUAAUAUUAUGAGUACAUUUUAUGAGAAAAAAAACCUUUAUAUAAAAAAUAACCUUGUUUGUUGAGUAAAAUUUCUCUUUUGCGAGACGAGCCUCUUCCAGAAGUUGAACAAUACAUUAUGUUGAGACUCUCAAGUAAACACUUCCCAGCCUUGUCUGAUGCAUCGAUAGCUUCAAAUAUCGCCCUCUAUUGUUGAAAUACAUCCAGCCACAGUUAACAAAUGAUCCUGUCGAUUAAAAUAUUUGCAAGAUAACAAACAAAUUUGUCAUUUCUUGUUAAAAAUUAUGCAACCAAAUUUAUUUGAAUUUUUCAAAGACAUACAUGUUGCCUGUCACUAAAUUUGCAACUGUUUUUGUUGGUUUUUAUUUUAGACAGCUCUUAACUGAACAAUUUUAAAGAGGAAAAAAAAGUAAAUCUUUAUUCUACAAUUACACAAAAAUAUUUAAAGAUUGUUAGUAUACUCUUUGAUGGCUUUCUGGAAAUGUAAAGUAACGAAAACUGGACACAACUUUGUAAGUUUUGAUGCCCAAAAUAGUAACUACGCUCCAUUUUUGAAGCUAAUAAAAUAAAGAAACAAAACAAGUAAUACUCA